GCAUUGUGGAGUGCGUCCGAGCGCUGCCGCUGGCCCGUGUGCUGCACGACCUCGGAGCCGGACGCAGCCGAGCGGGGCAGCCGAUCAGACCGGGAGUGGGUGCCGAGGUACUGGUCGACGUGGGCCAGUGUUUGUCCCGAGGGACACCCUGGCUCCGCGUGCACCUAGACGGCCCUGCGCUCAGCAGUCAGCAGCGACGCACUCUCCAGGGGGCGCUCGUGCUAUCAGAUCGAGCACCCUUCAAGGUCCCUUCACCCUUUGCUGAACUUGUCCUCCCACCGACCACCGCACAGCCCUAAGUCUCGAACCCACCUCAGCCAGGAGCUUCAGGUCCGUGAUGCUACUGGCUCUAGGGCCCAAAGCUUGGCCCAAGCUCUCUCAGUUCAAACCCCUUCUCAGGAUCUCAGGAGGUGAAACUCUGCACAGAAAUACCCGGCAUUGGUCAGGGCAGGGCCAGCGCCAAGGCCCUGGGCUAAGAACUAGAUUGCUGAUCACAGCCCUGUUUGGGACUGGGCUAGGCUGGGCCUGGCUGGCCGCAAGGGCUGAGAAGGAACAGUGGCGCCAACAGCAGCGUACAGAGGCCCUGCGCCAGGCUGCUGUGGGCCAGGGUGACUUCAGCCUACUAGACCACAAAGGCCAGCCUCGAUGCAAAGCCGACUUCCGAGGCCAGUGGGUGCUGAUGUACUUCGGUUUCACUCACUGCCCUGAUAUUUGCCCCGAUGAGCUGGAAAAGCUGGUGCAGGUGGUGCGGAAGCUAGAGGCGGAGCCUGACCUGCCCCUGGUGCAGCCUGUCUUCAUCACUGUGGACCCAGAACGAGAUGACGUGGCAGCCAUGGCCCGCUAUGUGCAAGAAUUCCACCCGAGACUGCUAGGUCUGACCGGGUCUACAGAACAGGUGGCCCAUGCUAGUCGCAACUACCGUGUAUACUACAGUGCUGGGCCUAAGGAUGAGGACCAGGACUAUAUUGUGGACCACUCCAUUGCCAUCUAUCUGCUCAACCCAGAUGGUCUUUUCACUGAUUACUAUGGUCGCAGCAGGUCAGCAGAGCAGAUUGUAGAGAGUAUACGUCGGCACAUAGCUGCCUUCCACAGUGUCCUGCCCUGAACUAUUCCUAUUGCCUAGGCCGUCAUUAAAUGAAUGUACUUAAUCUGUGCA